UCUGCAGUCAUCAUGGCGGAAAUUAAAACGGGAAUCUUCGCUAAGAACGUGCAGAAAAGGCUGAACAGAGCGCAGGAGAAGGUGCUGCAGAAACUGGGUAAAGCAGAUGAGACCAAGGAUGAGCAGUUUGAACAAGUCGUUAUCAACUUCAGGAGACAGGAGUCUGAAGGCUCUCGGCUGCAGAGGGAGAUGAGGUCCUACAUGUCUGCAAUUAAAGGGAUGCAGCAGGCCUCCAUCAACCUGACACAGUCUCUCCAUGAAGUCUACGAACCCGACUGGCACGGCAAAGACGAUGUCAUGACCAUUGGGAAGGACUGUGAUGCACUGUGGGAAGACUUCCAUAACAAACUGGUGGACUCGACGCUGCUGAAUUUGGACGCGUACCUGCAGCAGUUUCCAGACCUGAAGAAUCGUGUGGCCAAAAGAAGUCGUAAACUCAUUGACUAUGACAGCGCUCGGCAUCAUGUGGAAACUCUACAGACUUCUGGGAUGAAGAACGACCGAAAGAUGAUGAAGGCAGAGGAUGAGUUGAAGAAGGCCCAGAGAGUGUUUGAUGAGCUGAAUGUUGGUCUGCAGGAUGAACUGCCCACUCUCUGGGACAGCCGGGUCGGAUUCUACAUCAGCACUUACAAGAGUGUGACAAAUCUGGAGGCAAAGUUUCACCGUGAGAUUUCUCUGGUGUGUAGGCAGCUGUAUGAAGUGAUGACUCAACUUGCUGAGCAGCAUUCUGACAAAAUGUUCACCAUCCAAGGAGCACCGAGUGAUUCAGGACCACUGCGGCUUGCCAGAACGCCUUCACCACCAGAAGAUGAGAGUCCACCUGAGAGCCCAGAUGCCAGCUCCAAUCACAUGCUCCGCCCCGUCUCACCUGGACCUCCACGGCCCAAAUCCCCAAUACAGCUUAAAAAGGGACCCCCGGUGCCUCCACCACCAAAGGUAACCCCCACCAAGGAGGUGGCCGAGGAGCAGAUCAUCGACCUGUUUGGAGGAGAAUUCUUACCAGCGCCUUCACCAUCGCAGCCCAAUGAAAGACCAGGAGAAUCUCUUCUCGACAUGGACUUUGACGCUUUUCAGCCUGACGAAAGUGUCUCACCAAUACCACAGACAGCUGUGCCUUGGGAUAUGUGGUCGGCAAACGCCCAACCAGUGCAGCCUGCUGCAGACACCAGCUUUGUCGCCGACUGGUCCGCUGACUUUGGUUCAGUGACAGCAAAUGGAGAUGCUGCUUCAGGAGCUGAGGCCCCCACCGAUCUUGGGGCCCCUACUGCUCCUGGGGCCACUGCUGCAGGGCCAGAGGGGGCGGAGGGCAGGGCACAGAGUGGGGCUCAGGGCUGGCCCCAGGGAGACUCCUGUCAGCCAGGUGGAGACACACCUACACUUCCUCAUCCGCAGGACAGUGAGGCAGCCAUAGCACCUGAAGAUGAGGUUAGCAGCCGGGACCACAAUCCUCUAACUUACCCCAACCUCCAUCCCUCUGCAGUCGGAGGUGAUGAAGCUGAGACAGAGCAGGUAGAUUCAGGGGGAGAUGUAGCAGGGAAGGAAGACCGCAGGAAGUCAACCCCAGGACUUAUUUUCACUAACGAGUACGGUGAACAGAUUCAGGACAGCACUGAGGACAGAGGGGAGAAGUGGUCCAGGUCUCCUGAUGGGUCUGGGUCUGAGUAUGAGACUGCUGAGGAAUGGGGUGAUGGAGGUCAGGGUGGGGACUGGGCAAGUGCAGAUGAUGAACUUUCAUAUGAAGAUCCUCCCCAGCGGGGAGAUGUUGCAAAAAGUAGAAUUGAUGGUGAGGCCACAGAUCAGCCUCAAACAGUGUCAGCAGAUAAAAAUAUUAAUUGUUUAGCUGAAGACAAGCCACCAGAAAAACAACCUGACCUCACAAGUCCUUCUGAAACACAGGGAGGAGGUGCGUUUGAUUCUGAUCCUUCAGCUGAAACACAGGGAGGAGGUGCGUUUGAUUCUGAUCCUUUUGCUGAAACACAGGGAGGAGGUGCGUUUGAUUCUGAUCCUUUUGCUGAGACACAGGGAGGAGGUGCGUUUGAUUCUGAUCCUGCAGCUGAAACACAGGGAGGAGGUGCAUUUGAUUCUGACCCCUUUGCUGAAACACAGGGAGGAGGUGCGUUUGAUUCUGACCCCUUUGCUGAAACACAGGGAGGAGGUGCGUUUGAUUCUGAUCCUUUUGCUGAAACACAGGGAGGAGGUGCGUUUGAUUCUGACCCCUUUGCUGAAACAGAGGGAGGAGGUGCAUUUGAUUCUGACCCCUUUGCUGAAACACAGGGAGGAGGUGCGUUUGAUUCUGACCCCUUUGCUGAAACACAGGGAGGAGGUGCGUUUGAUUCUGAUCCUUCAGCUGAAACACAGGGAGGAGGUGCGUUUGAUUCUGAUCCCUUUGCUGAAACACAGGGAGGAGGUGCGUUUGAUUCUGAUCCUUUUGCUGAAACACAGGGAGGAGGUGCGUUUGAUUCUGAUCCCUUUGCUGAAACACAGUUUGGAGACAGGAUGGGUGGCUUUAAAUGUGAUCCAUUUGCUGAGACCUCAGGAGAAGGUGAUGUUGUGGCCGCCAGUGAUGGAAGAACUGGGUGGGAUACAGAUCCAUUUGCCAACAGUCUCCCAGCAGCGCCUUCAGAUACUGAAGGUCCUGCCACCAACACCACAUCUUGGCAGGAAGUCAGUAACAAUAUUGGCUUCUACUCUUCUGUCACUCAAGAAAACUCUGCGUCCUUCUCUGGCACAGCAGCACAAGGAAUUAAAGAUGUAAGCAUUCCCAGAAUUCACAAAGAACCAGAAAAUUCAGACAUGUCCGAAGAUGAGGCUGCAAACCGGAGAUUUGGAAAGUUGUACCAAGAGCUAGAUACAGAAAAGGAAGAGGAUGCAGCUGCCCCAUCAUUUUUUGCUGAUUUUGAUAAGAUGAACGAAGCCUCUGAGACACAAGCUGCUGCCAUGACAGAACCUGUAGAGCCACAAGAGGAGCCUGCAGCUCCUCCUGCUGGAGAGGUGGAGGAGCCUGCUGCUCCUCCUGCUGGAGAGGUGGAGGAGCCUGCUGCUCCUCCUGCUGAAGAGGUGGAGCAGCCUGCAGCUCCCCCUACUGGAGAGGAAGACACAGCAGAAAGCUCUGGUAGUCCAAAGGAGGAGAAACUUGCUACUCCUUCAGCUGAAGAGGCCGAAAUAUCUCCAAAUGAAGCUGCUCCAUCAGAAUCAGUUUCUGCUCCAGAGGAAAAGAAGGAAAGUCCUGUGGAUGAAGCUUCGGAAAAGAUGCCAAUCCCGUCUGUGGUAAUUGAGCCUGCUUCCAGCAAUGAAGGUGAUGAUGACCGUGAUGCUGACAUCAUCUCUCCUACCACCAUCAGUGACAACGGUGUGACUGCUGAAAACCAAACCAUCAAACACAUGAGUCCGUCCGGUGGAGUCUCAGGACUUCCUGAUGACUUUUUGUACAAGGUGGAGACGAUCCAUGAUUUUGAGGCUGCAAAUUCUGAUGAACUAGAACUGAAGAGAGGUGAUGUGGUGUUGGUGGUUCCCACUGCCUCUGUAGAGGAUCAGGAUGCUGGCUGGCUCACAGGGAUCAAAGAAAAUGACUGGUUAACACUGGGAGCUGGUGCUGAAAAAGGACUUUUCCCAGAGAACUUUACGCAGCGUUUGGAGUAAGAAGACUCUUAAGCUGGUGGAAAAAAUAAGCAGAAGUGAGAGACAUGGGUGCAUAAGUCAUCAAGUCAGCAUGUAGCCAACCCCUUUUCUGAAAAAAAAACAACAACCUUGUAACCUGCUGCAGCGGUAUGCUGGACAACUUAAGGCUUUCUUUGGUAGAUGAAACUUUUCGGUCUACAGAAAUGAAUAAACACUAGUACUAUUCCCAGCAUUACGGAAAAUUAAGAAGCAUGAUGUGAUAGUAUGAUCUACCCUUAUCUGGAAAUAAGAUGUUUUUUUGAAAGCAAGCAAAAAAUGAUGUAUGGUUUAUAGGGAAUGUUGCAAUCUGUACAUGUUCACACCCACAAACCUACAAAAGGAGGAAAAUUGUUUCUGAAGAAAAACAACAACAACAACAACAACAAAAGAAACAACUGUACCUUCUUUGCACCAAGUGUGUUGUACUGAUUUUGUUGCUCUGUUGUGGAAUAUAUCAGAAUUUGUAGUGCUGUGAUCUCUUUAAAUGUUAUGUAUAACAUGAAACUCUUGAGUUUGUUGGUUUUUUCAGGUAUGUUAUCACUGUUUGUAUGUUUCUGUAACAUCAUGAGUGUGUGUGUCUGUGGGGACGUUUUGUUUGGCAUAUGUGGUAAAGAAUUAAGUCAUUGAUGAGUGUUGCUGUGGUUUUGCCAAAACAAAUAUUGACAUGUAUUAUUUUAACAUAGGGACACAAAGCAAUGCACAUCAAGCAUGAGAAUCUAAAAUAUUUAUAAUAGUAAGAGUUCCAAGAUGAGCAAAUUAAGUAUUUCCCCACUAUUGAAAAUAUCUUUGUAUAACUAACAUGUCAUCUAAAAUCCUAUUUUCAAGACACCAAGCCAUCCAGAAGGCAGUUCAAUCUUAUCAGCUAUUUCUUUCGAAAUGCAUAAUUACAGAGAAGGUAUUAAAAAAUCCAAUUUGCAAUCUAUGUUGUUGGUAUAUAUCAGUUCUCUGUAUUACAACAGUUUCAUAAAUCAACACGUAUGAUGUCACUUCCUUUGAUAGUGAAGUUAAUUGUCAAUGUAGACCCUUUUGUGAUGUACAUACCAUAAACAUCUAUGUGACAGUCAAUAAAUAAGACUUCAUAAGUUA